UCCGCCGCCCACCUACUACACCAUGGACCUACUACAGACAACAACAGUCCUGAUGCUGUGUCUGGCAGUGCGAGGUGAUUACUCAGCACCCUCCACUAGCUACGGAGUUCCCACACCCUCAACAUCGUACGGGGCGCCCUCCUACGACAGCCACAGCGAGAACCACGGCCCGUCAAGACCCUACAACUUCGGCUACUCAGUCCGCGACUUCCACACCGGCGCGGACUUCAAGCAGCAGGAGACGUCGGAUGGUAACACAGUGAAGGGUCAGUACAGAGUUCAGCUGCCGGACGGACGGACCCAGAUUGUGACCUACACAGCGGACUGGCAGACCGGGUUCCAUGCCGAUGUACAGUACGAGGGCGAGGCCUCCUACCCCGCGGUGUACGGCACGGGUGGCAGCUACCCUCCAAGCUCGGUCAGUACUAGCUACGGCGUUCCAUCUCAACCGAGUUCCAGUUAUGGAGUUCCAUCUCAGCCUAGUUCCAGUUAUGGGGUUCCAUCCCAGCCUAGUUCCAGUUACGGAGUUCCAUCUCACUCCAGUACGAGCUACUCCUCACCUCAAGCUAGCACAGGGUACUCGCCCUCUACCCAUGGGUCGUCGUAUCAGUCCAGGGUAGGAGUCGGAGGAGUUGGCAACCAAUACCAGAACAUUGGGUACCCCAGUAGUGGUACCUCACAUGGUCAUGCGGGGUACUAACAACAUACACUGAACCAAAGAUUUUACUUUCCUCUAUAGAUCUCUCUACCGAAGUGAGUGAUGUACUUUCCAGCAAGUGUGAGACUAUUUUGUAUUUUGAUAAUAAAUAAGUUUUAAGUGUU